AUGUCUGCGUCCUCGGUGGAGUACACGAUUGGGGGAGUGAGGAUCCAGUUCCCCUGUAAGGCGUAUCCUUCCCAGCUGGCCAUGAUGAAUUCUAUCCUACGAGGCUUAAACAACGGUCAGCAUUGUUUGCUGGAAAGUCCCACUGGAAGUGGCAAAAGUUUAGCCCUUCUGUGUUCAGCGUUAGGGUGGCAGCAGGCACAGUAUGAUAAAAUGCAAGCAGACGGAAUCUCUGAAGAUGAGAAACCUUCUAAACUCCCUGGCAAUGUUACAAAGUCAAAUGUGGCUGCCACAUGCCAAUGCCCAUGCCAUAGCAAAGACAGAUGGACCUCAAAUGCCACAUCAAUAAAGGGUCAUCCUACAGUGCCACACUCAACAGGGAUCUCAGCACAGCUACAUACCAAAUAUGAGACUCCCAAGUCGGUUACCAGAAAAGGGUUACCCGACACUCUGGGUGAGAGAAUCCAGUUUUCCGACAAUGCUGACCAAGACAAAGCAGAUUUCUUGCCUAAGAGGAAACGCAUUCGUGCUGCUGAACCGAAGGGGGUUGUAUUUGAAGAUGUGCCAGAGCUGGAAAGUUACCCUUCACGUUCUCAGUGUUCAGUUUUGGAGCCGAAAAGCCAUGGAACUGACUUGUCCUCGUGCCUUUCCCCUGAAUCAUGCUUCCAUUGCCCAUGUACAUCCGCCAAGGACAGUGCAAAGGAUAAAAAGGACAAAAGGCGGAUACCCAAGAUUUUUUUGGCCACCCGUACACAUAAACAAAUCACUCAAAUUGUUCAUGAGAUGAAGCGUACUGCAUACUCCAAUUCUCCAAUGACCAUACUAUCCAGCAGAGAUCAUACCUGUGUCAACUCCAAUGUGGCACCUCACCCUACCAGGAACGAACUCUGCAAGGACCUGUUGGAAGCCAAAGAUGGAAGAUCAUGCCGGUACUACCAUGCAGUACAUAAAAUGGGCAAUCAGAGAAUUCUGCGGUUGGCCCAUGGAUUUCACCAAGCCUGGGACAUUGAGGAGCUGGUCUCAUUGGGCAAACGGCUUCGUUCCUGUUCGUACUAUGCUGCUCGUGCUCUCAAGCAAGAAUCCCGCAUCAUCUUCUGCCCGUAUAACUACCUCUUAGAUCCAAUGAUCAGAGAGAGUAUGGAGAUUGAUCUUGCAGGCCACAUCUUGGUUCUGGAUGAAGCCCAUAAUAUUGAAGACUGUGCCAGGGAAAGUGCCAGCUUCGUGUUAGACCACAAUAGUUUGCUGAUGUGCAGGGAUGAGCUUGAUAACAUGGUCAGCAACAACAUUCGCCGUUUUAAACAUGAGCCUCUGAGGGAUUUGUGCUAUAGUCUUGUCAACUGGAUCCAGGAGAGCCAAAUCCUAAUGUCUAAUAGGGGAUAUGAAGAGACGUGUAAAGUUUGGAGCGGAAAGGAAAUACUGACCAUUUUUCACACCCUGGGUAUCACGUCAGACAGCUUCCAGAUGCUGAAGGAGCAUAUGGCUGCAGUGCUAGAAAAGGAAGAGGUUGUGGAAUUUCUGAAUGGUAAAGAAGAGAUGAUGCCGGUCACAACCAUCAGCUCAUCAACAUCCAGUACCCUCAAAGGCCUCUUCAUGGUUCUGGACUUCCUAUACAGAGACAACUGCAGGUAUUCAGAAGACUACAGAGUUGCACUUCAGAAGACAUAUUCUGGGAUGAGCAAAGCACCACCUAGGAGGAGAAGUGAUGUGCAGGGCUUCAUGGCCCAACCAGGCCAAAGGUUUAGAGCUAAGACGGGAUCUCUCACAUUGAGUUUCUGGUGUCUGAAUCCCGCUGUGGCCUUUUCUGACAUAAGCAGCACAGUGCACAGCAUUGUUCUGACAUCAGGUACACUGUCUCCAAUGGGAUCAUUCUCCUCAGAACUUGGCGUCAAAUUUUCUAUUCAACUCGAGGCAAACCAUGUCAUCAACAAAUCUCAGGUAUGGGUGGGCACUGUUGGUGUCGGACCCCAAGGCAGAAAGCUCUGUGCCACCUUCCAACAUGCUGAAACAUACGCCUUCCAGGAUGAAGUUGGUGCCCUGCUUCUGCAUGUUUGCAAAGUUGUUCCCAAGGGUGUUCUGUGCUUCUUCCCUUCCUACACGAUGCUGGAAAAGCUGCGGGAUCGGUGGAACAUCAUUGGCAUUUGGGAAGAACUUGAAAAGCAAAAAAAAGUGAUAACUGAGCCUCGUGGUGGUGGCAAGGGUGAUUUUGAUGGACUACUCCAGGCUUACUACAACGCGAUUAAAUCCUGUGUGGAAAGAGAUGGUGCUCUGCUGAUGGCUGUGUAUCGGGGUAAAGUCAGUGAAGGACUAGACUUCGCAGAUGACAAUGCUAGAGCAGUGGUCAGCAUUGGAAUCCCCUUCCCAAAUAUUAAAGACCUCCAGGUUGAACUCAAGAUGAAGUACAACGAUCAGCACUACAAGAAUAGAGGUCUUCUCUCUGGCCAUCACUGGUAUGAGAUUCAGGCUUACCGAGCUCUCAACCAGGCACUGGGGAGGUGUAUACGUCAUAGAGGUGACUGGGGUGCCCUUAUUCUUGUGGAUGACCGUUAUCGGAAAAAUCCGGAUAAGUACAUCAAAGGUCUCUCCAAAUGGAUUCGGCAACUCGUCCAGCAUCAUGCCACCUUCACCAAUGCCAUGCAGUCCCUUAUAGCAUUCUCUCAGCUACAACUGAAGUGUCAUCUUGGGGCAGAUCAUCAGAAUUCAUCCAUCUCCUUGCCAAGCACCAAAUUCAUAAAUGAGGCGUUAUUGGGUUCACCUAAACCACUGGAUUUUAUUGUUUCAUCUCACACGCCAACAAAAGAUAAACAACAUGAAUUACAAGAAAAACCUAGUGAUUUGACUCCAUCAGACAAUCCAGAUGAAAAAGAAGAGGACCAGGCUGUCUCUUUUACUCCUGAACUAUUUCAAGCUGAGGCAAGUGUGAGUGAAAUAAGUGAGAUGAAGUCACCAACCCGGUUCAUUUUAGGAGCAGAGAGUAUGCAGAAUCCCUCUGGACAUGAGUUUGCCCAAAACUCUCCUUUUGAUGAAAAGAGUAUGCUUUCAGUCAACACGGAGAGCAUCGUGUUAUCAGGCAAUGAAGAGACAAAUGUUGUAGAAUGUGGUGAGAAUGUGAGAAACAAGAUCAGGCUCUCGCGAUCCAGACAGAGAGCUCACUUCUCCUCAACAGAUAAGUGA